AUGCCUCCCCGCAAGAAGCAAGAUGACAGCGAGAAGCAGACUCGUAUUGCCAUCGUUAACACGGAGAAGUGCAAGCCCAAGAGGUGCCGGCAGGAGUGCAAGAAGUCCUGCCCGGUGGUGCGGAUGGGCAAGCUGUGCAUUGAAGUGACACCAAAUGACAAGAUGGCUGCCAUCAGUGAAGAGCUUUGCAUUGGUUGUGGUAUCUGCGUCAAGAAGUGCCCCUUUGAGGCCAUCAUGAUCAUCAACCUCCCGAGCAAUCUUGAGAAGGAGACUGUUCACCGCUACAACAAGAACUCCUUCAAGCUGCAUCGUCUACCCGUACCGCGCCGUGGGGAGGUGCUUGGCCUGGUGGGCACCAACGGUAUUGGCAAGUCCACUGCUCUCAAGAUCCUGGCCGGGAAGCUCAAACCCAAUCUAGGCCAGUUUUCUGAUCCCCCAGACUGGACUGACAUCCUGACUUACUUCCGAGGCAAUGAACUGCAGAACUACUUCACUCGCAUCCUAGAAGACGACCUGAAGGCGAUCAUCAAGCCUCAGUAUGUGGAUCAGAUCCCCAAGGCUGUAAAGGGCGCCGUCAAGGAUCUUCUACACAAGAAGAAUGACCUUGGGAACAUGGAGGACAUCCUCACUGCCCUAGACUUGCGAGCUGUCUUAGGUCGCAACAUUGAGGACCUUUCUGGUGGGGAGCUACAGCGGUUUGCCAUUGCCAUGGUUUGUAUCCAGAAUGCCAACAUCUACAUGUAUGAUGAGCCAUCCUCCUACCUUGAUGUGAAGCAGCGUCUCAAUGCUUCCCGGGCCAUCCGCUCCAUGGUGAAGGCCGACAACUAUGUAGUGGUGGUGGAGCACGACUUGGCUGUCCUUGACUACCUUUCUGAUUUCAUCUGCUGUCUUUAUGGCCAACCCGGAGCCUAUGGAGUGGUCACUGUCCCCUUCUCUGUGCGUGAAGGUAUCAAUGUUUUCCUGGACGGCUUUGUACCUACUGAGAACCUUCGCUUUAGAGAGGAAUCUCUCACCUUCAAGGUUUCAGACCAGCUUACUGAGGAGGAGAUCAAACGCAUGUGUCGCUUCAAGUACCCAAAAAUGACAAAGAAGAUGGGAGAAUUCCAGCUUACAGUGGAGGCUGGCAACUUUACCGAUUCUGAAAUCAUGGUACUGCUGGGAGAAAAUGGGACAGGAAAGACUACCUUUAUCAGGAUGCUGGCUGGGAGACUCGACCCAGAUGAGGGCAAAUCAGAAUUGCCAGAACUUCACAUAUCCUACAAGCCACAGAAGAUCAGUCCUAAGAGUCAGUCAACUGUACGCCAGCUGCUGCACGAUAAGAUCCGUGAUGCAUAUAUUCAUCCUCAGUUUGUAACAGAUGUGAUGAAACCAAUGAAGAUUGAGGAGCUGAUAGAGCAGGAGGUGCAGCAUCUUUCAGGAGGAGAGUUGCAACGUGUGGCACUCACCCUCUGUUUGGGCACGCCGGCUGAAGUUUACCUCAUUGAUGAACCCUCGGCCUAUCUGGACUCUGAGCAGCGUUUGGCUGCUGCCAAGGUCAUCAAACGUUACAUCAUGCAUGCCAAGAAGACUGCAUUUGUAGUGGAGCACGAUUUCAUCAUGGCAACUUACUUGGCAGACCGUGUCAUUGUGUUUGAAGGGACACCCUCUGUCAAAACCACAGCCAAUGCCCCACAGACGCUUGUUUCUGGCAUGAACAAGUUCCUGGAGAUGCUGGGAAUCACCUUCCGUCGUGACCCCAACAACUUCCGGCCGCGCAUCAACAAGGACUCCAGCCAGAAGGAUACCGAGCAGAAGAGUUCCGGCAACUACUUCUUCCUUGACAUAGAAGGGAAGGGUGAGGGUAAACAGAACUGAGGGUCGCUGUAGUGGUGUUUGGGAAAAAUAUUGAAACGCAGCCCCGGCCCUUGGCCAUUAAGUUUGAGCCACGCAGUGCUAAGCUAAAGUGGAGAUGGAAGGCAGUUGUGUGUGAGUGUUCACAAUGUCAUGGUUCAUCUCAUUACCAUCAUUACUCUGAGGAAGGGGAGAGGCAAGGGCUUGUUUGUGCUGCUACAUUCUACCUGUCCUGUGGUCUCCCAUGCUUCAUCUUUCACUUUUCAGUGUUACAGUUUAUUUGCAAAUACUUGUAAUGUACAUAGAUGUUUAAUUUAGUGAUGAAUUAUGAAGACCUUUGACAUUCAAAUGAGCACCUACAUUACUGUUAGAGAAAAUGCAUAUAUAGCCCCUAUUACCCAGCUUUAGAAAUGUAGAAUGAAGUACUGCCUAGGACCAGAUAAACCUGCCAUCACAUCCUCAUAUCACUGUGUGGAGUGAGCACUGCUGUGCCUCACUCUGUCUCAUUGGUAUGAGCUAAAGGUGCUCUUUUUAAUUGGAAAUAUUUGCAUUUUUUUUUUUUUUUUUUUUUUUUAAGGGAUCACUGCAGUGACACAAAUAUAUAGGAAUAUAGAUAUUUGUUAUUGUUGGUAUGUCGUAAAUUUUGGAGACAGUUGACUUAAUAUUAUGAUGAAAUGCUUCAAGAUUUUAAAGAUAUUUAUUUUUACUUGGUUUUCUCAUAUCAAUAAUGAUGUGUACAUAAGUUUUAUUACUAAACCAUUAAAAUUCCAAACAAAUUAUUUUUGUAGGCUACUCUUGGGAGCCCUGGAGUUGUAGUAGUCAAGCCCUGAGGUUCACAUCAGACUGGUGCUGUGUAUGGUUUACAGCCAUCUUGGAGCUGGCAAAACUGCCAAUUGAGGUAUCCUGUCUUGGUACCUUUUCCCACCUCGCAGCAGGUGGGAAUGCCCCUUCCUCAGCAGGCCUCAUGUUUCAUUCCAUCCAACUUACUGCACUUCACACAACCUUGUACCCUGUGCUUGCUGACAUGGGCUGGUGACAAUGCAGUCAGUCGGCAGCAGGAACAGAAGUCAAGCAGUUAGCAAAUCAGUCAGGUUAUAAAGGGUGAUUACAGUAAGCAGAACAAAGAACACCAAGAACAUCAAGGUUGUAUCAGUGAUGGCUUUCGUGUGAUGGCUUGUGAUUUGUAGCAAGAAAGCCAAUGACAGUCCUCACUAGCCAUUGCCCAGUUCAGCUGCAGCCACCACAACAGCUAAGCAUGCAGGGAGAGGGGCUGUGGAGAGUACAUGUCUGACGCUCAUUUUUCAUUUCAAGAAUUGUGAUAUUCAUGCAUUAAAAGUAAAUAAUUAUGUAUCUGGACAAUGUGUAAGAUGUUUCAAUAUAGUUUCUAUUCUCUCAGGCAAUUUGAGUAAGGGUUUGAAUACAGGAUUGAAUAUUGUCUCAACAACAAUUGCAUGUUAGUCAUGGAGUAUGGUGGCCACCAAGAUUGUCUACACUUGUUACAUGUUAUUGGUUUUCUUAUAAAUGUGAACAACAAUAACAAAAGUAAAUAAUAA